CCGGCCACCCGGCCACCCACCACUGGGAUGCCUCAGCUUGCACUCUUUUGACUUCACCUUUUUCUCGUCUUUCACACUUCAAGGAAGCCACCGCGCCCUUUUCCAGGUACAGCCCAGACAAUAAAAUGGCCUGGCGAACCCGCUCUGUCCACUUGGAGAUGUUUACGUCUCCAGAGAGUUUUCACGCCCAUAACCAACCAAGGCGAGAAGGCGGAGCCUGACAUUGUCACGUGGCUGCCCCCUCCCACCGGGUGAGCGGGCCGCACUACUUCCCCAGUUGGCUUCGGCGGAGGAGUACAAGACGGAAUAGCUCACCGGAAGUGCUGUGCUAGUGCCCUCGGGAGAUCGGCCUGGGCUGCUGGGUGACCCGGGCUGUCAAACCCACCCACCCGAGAACCCCUUAGCGGGAUCUGGCCGGUGGAGAAUAGUAUCUAGAGCCCGCAAACGGCCGCCUCGGCACGUGCUGCGAAAGGAAGUGGUCCCUUGGUGACCAAUCAGCAGCGAGAAGCCGUUUUAACGUCCCUCCCUCUUCCACCCCUCCUUCGCGGCACUUUCGUUAGGUUCUCCCUUCUGUCACCGCUGGGUUUGCGCCGUGAGGCCCUCCCAGGACACCGUCCCGCGCGCGCCUGGCUGGGAGUCCGGCGAGGACCUGCCUCCGCGACAUGGCCGGCUCAGAGGCUGAGUGGGUAACCAUUGCCAAUAAUCUUCUUUUGCAAUGUCACAUACACCUGAGGAUUCGAGAACUAGAAGACUGUGAUGCUAAUGUUUUUAUUGCUCUUUAUCAGUCUAUUUUGGGAGAAAAGGUACCAGACCUCAUAGCUAUUCCCAGGAGUCAAGAGGAUGAAGCUCACAAUGUACAAGCAGUAAUUGAUUCAUUGGCUUUGGAUUAUCUGCAGGUCAGCUUGUCUCACAUAACAGGAGAAAAUAUAGUGAAAGGAGAUAAAGAAUCUAUUAAGAAUCUCCUAGAAAUAUUUGAUGGGUUACUGGAGUAUCUUACAGAACACAUCAGUGAAACAUCUCACGAGAAAAGUGAAACUGGACAGGGUUCUAAAGAAUCCCAUCGAGGAGACCCUUUGGAAGAGCGAGAAAGUACUAAAGAAUCCAGAUCAUCAUGGAAAAGAGUUUCUUGUGAGAGGUGCUCCUCGUCAUCUGAGGCAUUGGGCCCCUCUUGGGGUGGAGAUGAAGCAGAAUCCACUGGUGAAAUAAUUAGACUUGGAGACACAGCACACACCUUUUCUCUAAGAAGUAAUGGUGCCCAAGGUCCUAAUGAAAUGCAGUCUAAAAAAGCCUCAACCCUACCAUGUUCUGACUCACAUGAAGAAGUGCUGAACACUCCCUCAUCUAGUUUUUUGUCCAAGAGUGGGACAUCCUUUGUUGAAGACACGGAAAUUCCUUCUGUGGAUAUGAUUCCAAAUGCUAGGAAGUUAGGGGAGCCUAUCCGAUCAGCUAUUCCUUUACAUCCACCUUACCAUCCUUCAGAGCCUCGAGCUCCCUGCCCCAUAGGAAAAGAAUACUUGCGUUCAAGUCACUGCUCCCAUACCAUGAAUUCUACUGGAGAAGGCACAGCAUUUUCUGUGGAACCCGAUAAUAGAGUUUUCUUAACUUCCAAGUUUUCUAAAGACGGCAAACAGGAAAUGUAUCCAGUUCAGGUCCAAGGCCCUAGGACAAGGAAGCUUCCCAAAGGAAAAAGAUAUGAAAACAGAGCUGCAGUCUCAUCCUGGGAUUCACCUUUCUCCCAGAGGGCAGGAAAGAGGUUAACAGAACAAGAAUUACAUGCAGUAUCAGAGAAACUAUCUCAGCGCCUCUCUGAACUAGAUUGGAUGUUAAAAAGUGCCCUGGGUGAUCGUAUUAAAGAAAAGACCGGCUUUGAAGAGGAGGAUAUUGGAAAUGAAGAGGUGGAAAGUGGAAAUGAUGAGACACUGUCUCAGCAUAGUGACAGCAUCGUGGAGUAUGGGCCGAAGAAGCAAAGGCCAGGACUUACCAUGCGUAGAAAGCCACCCUCCAGAUCUCAUUCACUUUCUCCAUCUCCAAUUAACAAAAACAAACAGUUCCACAUGGAGAGAAAAAGGCAGCGAAAGCCAAAAGAAACAGAUACCCGCCGAUUUCAAGCAAAGGCAAUAACUGAAGCAUUUGAAAAGGAACUAAGAAGAAAUAAAGUUCAAGAGAAUAUUGGACCUCUAGGAAUAAAUGACGAGGAGGAAACAGAAAAAAUAUACAGAGAAACUGUUCAUAAAGGAACUCCAAAACGUAGUCAGCCCUGGAAGAUUUACUCUAGAAAAACCACAACUCCAGGUCCAAGAGGUGGCUUGCCAAAGCCAAAUAAAGCAGUUCCAAUGAAAGUGAAUGAACACAGUCUCCUGCCCCUGAUGCUGGAGCAGUUUCCAUUUCUCUAUGUUUCUGGUCAAACACUAAGCAAAAUGUGGAAACAGCAAAUUGCACAGGUUGAACAGCUCAGAAAAGAUGCAUAUAGAGAAAAUCGAUCAAAGAAGAAACUCCAGGAUGAAAUAGAAGAAGCCUUGAGAAGGCACGACCUCCUUACUGUGCUGAUCAAGAAAGAAUAUGAACAUAACAAGAGACUGCAAGACUUCAAGGACCGCAUUCAUAGGCAGAAGUUGACCCAAUCAAAGAUAAAAGAAAAUCGGCAGCAGAUUGUUCGUGCCCGAAAAUAUUAUGAUGAUUAUAGAGUUCAGUUGCGCUCAAAAAUGAUGAGAAUGAGGACCCGGGAAGAAAUGAUAUUUAAGAAACUGUUUGAAGAAGGUUUACAAAUUCAAAAGCAAAGAUUACGAGACCUAAGAAACUAUGCCAAAGAAAAGCGAGAUGAACAAAAGAGACAGCACCAAAAUGAACUGGACUCAAUGGAGAACUACUAUAAAGACCAGUUUUCAUUGCUGGCAGAAGCCAUAUCACAGGAACGUCAAGAGCUCAAAGCCAGAGAGAAAUCCCAGGCCCAGAUGUUGUAUAAGGUGAAGAGGGAACUGAGAUCUAAGAUGGAGAAGGAAAUUCAACAGCUGCAGUACAUGAUAACACAGAACGACGAUGAUGCUUUCUUCCGGGAACUGGAAGCUGAGCGCUUCGAAUCUCGGCUUCAUCUGGCUUCCUUUCAGUACAGUAAAAAUCCCUUCCUAUGAGGCCAGACUUCCUAAGUGUGGACUUCACUGGCUCAAUUCUAGCUCUGCCCUGGUAAACAAUCUAACCCAGAAGAAUCAUUUCUAAAUAACUUAUCUAUAUACUGACUCUAAUACUUUUUA